GAAUCAAACCACCCUCCCAAGUGCCGGCUGCAAGGCAAGCUGAAAACUGCAAACCAGAACCGGGACCGGCAGCCAUUGCUAAAUUAUCUGUCUAGUCUGUCACAGAGAAAUUUUCUAUCUCAAUCGUUAAAAAUUCCUGGUUUUAAUUCAUUACGAAUUAAACAUUUUAUAUUUGCUUGAUCUUUUUCCAAAUCACAAUGACUGCUGAAAAGAGACCUUUAGACCAAGAGAAGUUGACAUUUCAAAACAUUUCUUCCAUAAUAGUCGACAUAGAAGGAACGACUACUAGCAUAAGCUUUGUUCAUGAUACACUAUUCCCAUACGUUCGUGAGCAUCUAAAUGAGUAUGUGAAGUCUAACUGGACUGAUUCAGAAUUUCAAGAAGAUCUAAAAGCUUUGAAAGAGCAGGCAGAAAAAGAUGUAAGCGAGAAAAUGGAGGGCGUCGUCGCCAUCGCAGAAAGUGAAGAUGAAGAGGUGGUGAGAGAAGCGGUCAUCAAGAAUGUGCUUUGGCAGAUGGAUAACGACAGGAAGACCGCAGCUCUCAAGCAACUGCAGGGUCACAUCUGGAGAAAAGCCUACGAGAAGGGAGAAGUCGUUGGACAUAUUUAUGAUGAUGUUCAUGAGUGUUUGAAAUCGUGGGUUGCCGAUGGUAUAAAAGUCUACGUCUACUCAUCAGGCAGCGUUGAGGCACAAAAACUGCUUUUCGGUCACACAAAGGAAGGUGACUUACUGGAACUAUUCUCUGGACAUUUUGACACGGCAGUUGGCGCCAAGACUGAAGCAGCUAGCUAUACUAAAAUUAUGGAGCAAAUCGAACCUGAUGGGGGUUCCGAUAGAUCUACAAAGUCUGUUCUUUUCCUCACUGAUAUUCCUAAAGAAGCGGCAGCUGCAAAGGAGGCAGGUAUGCAGGCGGUGCUGGUGGCACGCGAGGGAAACGCGGCGCUGACAGAUGACGCCAAAGCCGCUUUCAAGGUCAUCAACUCGUUCGCCGAUCUCUCUUUCGAAGGUAAUUGCAAACGGCGUAAAGUGUCUGAAUCCGAUGCUAAUACUAACAGCGCAGUAAAUGUCGACACGAAGGAAGCUCUCGACGACGUCGACAUGAAGGAAGCUCACGACGAGUCGACUGAACAGAAAACUGGUGACUCGACCAAAGAUGAAAACGACUCGGCUGAAACGAAAAUGGACACCUCGGAGGCGGUCGACACUGAAGCCAAAGAUCAGGUGUGUGCAAGAAAGCCUGUUGAAGCAACUGAAGAGAAGAGUGAGGUGUGUGCAAGAAAGCCUGUAGAAGCAACUGAAGAAAAGAGUGAGGUGUGUGCAAGGAAGCCUGUAGAAGCAACUGAAGAAAACAGUGAGGUGUGUGCAAGAAAGCCUGUCGAAGCAACUGAAGAGAAGAGUGAGGUGUGUGCAAGAAAGCCUGUCGAAGCAACUGAAGAGAAGAGUGAGGUGUGUGCAAGAAAGCCUGUCGAAGCAACUGAAGAGAAGAGUGAGGUGUGUGCAAGAAAGCCUGUCGAAGCAACUGAAGAGAAGAGUGAGGUGUGUGCAAGAAAGCCUGUGAAGCAACUGAAGAAAAGAGUGAGGUGGUUUCUGAGAAAAGUAACGAGGUAGAAGCUGACAAAGAGCAGACAAACGAAACAGCCAGCUCUGACACAAUCAAAUCUGAUGAGAAUAGCAAAAACUCUGACAAGAUUGAAGAGCCCAAGGAUUCAGCCGAAAAGGCAGAGGUGAAGGAUGAAAAUGUCACCGAUGAAAGUAAGAAAAUUGAAGAAAAUACUGUUGAGAAAACCGAAAAUGACAAGGUUGAGACUAAUGAUGAGAAACCAGCUGAAAAUACAACAGAAGAACAAGAGCCAGCAAGUGAUGAAAAAGCUUCAAAGGAUGUAACUGAAAAUGGAUCUGCUUUGGAAGCUUCGGUCGAGAAAGAGAAGGUUGAUACACCAGACGACAAAUCAGCUAAACAGGAAGUUGCCGAGAAUGUGGAAAUGAACGAUGAUAGUGGAAUCGCAGACAUCAACAAGUCGGUCAAUCAGUCGACCCUAUCUGAAAAGUCUGAUGAUGCGAAAGCUGACGACAAUUUGGCAAAUGGAAAGUCCGAAGAAACAGCCGCAAAAGAAGGUGAAGUGGAGACGAAAGCUAACGGCGAGAAGGAUGAAACUGAAGAGAAGGAAACUACGAAUGGGAAACUUGAGGAGACCGAAAGUAGCGAUCACCUGAAGAACGGAGAGUCGAAGGUGAAUGGAAGUGAAACUGUUGUCGAAAAGAAGGCAGUGGAAACUAACGGAUGCGUGAAACCAGCAGUAGUUGGUGAUGACGUAAAGGAGAAAGUGAAUGGCGAAACACACGAUGAGACUGACAAGCCUAAGACUGACAAGGCUGCUAAUGCAAACCAAAUAGCUGUCGACGAGAAUAACAAGCCAGAAACUGUUACGGUGUAGUAUUUUAAUAGGUAUAAGUUCCUUUUUUUAUGACAUCACUUACGAUACGUUACACACUAUUUUUAGUUCGCUUUUUAGUUAGGUUAUUCAUUAUUAUUAUACAUCUUUAUUUGGCCCUCUUCUAAAAAGGAUGGAAAUGAACCACGAUAUUGACUCAAUAUUAUUUUGUAGGGAAGUAUGUGAUAUAUUUUGAAUGUAGACUGUUUUUAUUGUUGAGACUGAAAUUUGAUAGGUCUUCCUCUUCCAUCUCGGGGUGAACUGUUCUAAAUCCCUUAAUUACAAAUUUAGUCUUUGUUCUGGGGAUAAGUUCAAGCACAAUUUUUCAAAACGUAUCCACAAUUACUAGAAAGUAAAAAAUGUGCUCCUUUUCAUGUGCUGCAAGUUAGAUCUAUCCUUUACUUUUCGUAUUCUAUGUUUAUUUGUCAGUCUUCCUCCUAUGUGUGCUGUUCUAAGUUCCUGUAUAGUAUGGGUUCAGUUACGAUCACUUGAACAUCUCUUGAGACUGAGCUAUAAAGAUGCUGCCAAACCAGUAUUUAAGAAGAUUCAUUCAAAAAUAUUUGUUUCCCAAGUUUCCUAAUCAGCCUAAUCUUUACUAAUAAUACUCUUAUUUUUGGAAAGAAUGGCAUGUAGAUAGCCGAUACUCCCAAUUAAUGAAGUUUCAAUUUCAUAUGAAACCCGACAAGAAACUUGUUUUUGAAUCUCUUCUCAUGAAGUUUGAACUUAAUUCGUUGAACAUUAUUGGAGGUGCUCCCCCACUUGAUAUAAUUAUCUAAAACGAUUUAGUGUUGUAGAUUUGCGUGAGAACUUCUGCCAGUCUUCCAUGUCACAAGCGAUAUGAGGUGACAUUUGCUGGUUAUGACUUUGAAUAAUAGGAGCAUUUUUAUAUAAAUACAGCAGAAGUUACUUGAACCAUUAUUAAUGUAUAUUUUUAUAAUCAAUAGCCUAUUUUCAAUAAUGUGGUACAUCCCUAUAUUCAUGCUAGUUAGUUUCAGUUUGAAUCUUAUCACAAUAUACGCGUUACUAUAACGAUAAUGUUUAAACAACUUUCCAUGUAAUUACGCGUUGUUCUUGAAAAUAAUUUUUCAAACCCCUAUUCUUUAUACUAGCUUUAGAUUGAUGUAGAGUAAAGAUUAUCAUUAGAAUCAUUACUUUGAAAGUAAGCAGUCUAAGCAUUCCUAUGUGUUUAUCACUAAUGUAUUUUUGUCAAUAGGAACAGUAUUUUUCACAUUCCGUCUUUGGUAAUUGUUAAUAGCUCACAGUAUUUUUAUUUUCGGAUAUUUCGCUGUACAAGUUGAAGCUUUUCACAAAGUGUUGGUUGUUGCAACUUAUUCAGUUUUCCUAUUAUUGAUUCCCAACAGAAAAUGUGUAUUGUUUAGGUUCAUUCAUUUUUGUAAACUCUUGGAAACAAUACCUGCAUUGUAUUAACUCAAUUUAUUAUACGUUUAUGGAUUGGCUUUACUUAUCACUAAAAGUGCUUAAUGUUGUGUUCUCAAUAUUUUCAUCCACCUUUUUGUAUGUAAUAUAACUUACGGAACUUUGUAAAUCUGGUAGCCAGUAACUUAUCCGAAGUAUCCUUGUGAAAUUUCUAGUCCUUAAUUUGCAAAUUGUCGUUCUAUGUAUUGUAAAGUAGGACACAGUCUUGUGAUUUCAAAACGUUCCUUAUUUAUUGUCAACUUCAAUUUCUGUGCUUAUCCUUUGUGUUCGUUUUAUUUAUUAACUUAGAAUUAUGUUUUCUACAGUAGAGUCUGGUAUUGAUCUAUGAUCAAGGCUUGAUAAGACUGACUUGUCCACUUCUAGAACUUACAUUUUCAUAUUACUGAAAUUUCAUCAUAUUAUAAGACUGAUAAAUUGAUGGUGUUUUUGCUUUAUCUAUUAUGAAAGAAUAACUUGGCAUUUAUAAAGAAAAGUCAACAUUCAUUUCAAUAUUAUCCAUUACUUGGUGAGAGAUAUUUCACCACGAUCGGUACUAAUUGAAUUUGGGAUAUGUUACUUUAGACUUCAGACAUUGAUUUCAAUAAGCUUUCACUGAUUAGAAGAGAUUGAAGCCUAAAUAAUGAAAUAUUGUUCAAGGGACCAAGCCUUCAGUUGACAAGAUUAGCUAGACUCUACUGUAUCUGAUUAGUUAACUUGAGUAGCUUACUUAUCAGACUAUGUCAAGUCUUAAUAGUAAUGUACUACUUUUUCAAUGUAUUGGGCUGUGAAUGGUUGUAAUGUAUUUGUAAGUUGGCGCUAGAUGACUGUGAAUAACAUACUUGAAAAUAUUGUAAUUACUGCCAAAUUUAAACAUGGUGAGCUUGGAGCUGUCCGAAACAAUAUGCUAUAAAUGUUCCCAAUAAUCCUGUCCUGCGUACAGUGAAUCAGAUUUGAGCGUUUCCGAUCUGUAAUUGUUUCUUUUCUUUUCAUAAACUUUUUGUAUAAUUGUAAA